UUUAUCCAGAUAGAUUGAACUCAUAAUGGAUCUGUUUUCUAGCAGUAAACGUAUUGUAGCUUAUGAUUCUUUGUGUCCUUCUCCAUGAAUCUAUCAGUCUAGCAGUGUGUCUUAGAAGGGAUAAAGAGACAAAGAGAGACAGAGAGCAACCAAAAAAGCAUUUUAAUUGAUUCCAGCACGCUUUUCCUCCAUGCUACAAAUAGUUUAUUAUGGGAGGACUUUGCUUGCUCUCGCCUUCUCUAACCCUCCUUCUUUUCUGUCCUUCUCCAGAAUGUCUUUGCCCAACUCAGAGAACACCUCCACCCUGGAGAACGCCAUGCAGCUCUUGAUCCAGACCUUCCAUAAGUACUCUGGAAACGAGGGGGACAAAUACACACUGAGCAGGGCUGAGCUCAAAGAGAUGCUCACCACAGAGCUCGGCAACUACCUCGGGAACGCCCAGGAUAAGGAGGCAGUGGAUAGGGUAAUGGGAGACCUGGAUUCCAACAAUGACGGAGAGGUAGAUUUCACUGAGUUCAUCAUCCUGGUCGGAGCUCUUACCGUGGCCUGUAACGACUUCUUCCUGGAGUUCAACGACAAGCCCACGAAGAAGUGAACACGCCCUCUGCACAAGGACGUCCACUCUGCAAAACCCCAAAAAAGCUCCAGGGAGGAAACAGUUCGGACAGGAGAAAAGGACAUCCUGUCAUGGACUUCACAUUCUCACUCUCACACAUUAAAUGAUAGUCACUAGAGCAGUACAUGUUGGGUGUGUGUGUAUUUGUCUGCAAUGUCCAAUCAAUCCAUUCCUAACAGUAUUUAUUGCAAUGUGAACAUCUGGAGAGUUUAAGUCCAUUUCAGCACCUGUCAUUGUUCAAUUCUUUUUUUCUGUUCAUGUAUUUUGUAACACAUUCAAAGCAAAGACAAACCUCCCUGGAAAGAAUAAAUGUGACUCAAACAUAACGCUGUGAGUUGUACUUAUUAUUACAGUAGAGAGGAUGAGUGUGAACACAUGAUGGACACCAGGGGGCAGCAAGUGGCCCUCAAUUGAGUCUGAUAGAGGGUUACUGCAUUGGGGUGGAUAGAUAUGGAGAUACAUCUAUGAAUCAUGGGCAAAGACAUAU